AUGAGCCUGCAGGAGCGAUGGAACCACAAGAAGAAAUCGCAAAGUUGGGCUGUCUUUGAGCAUGCCACGUCUGGUUCCUCCAGCGUUGCUGCUACGAGGAAAAUGGUUCAACAGUCCCGGCUGAAGGCCGGCCUCAGCCGCGCGAAGGUGUACCAGGAAGCUAUAGACUUGAACCAGUUCUGUAUGCUGGAUGCUCCACGUGAUCCCCUGCUGACUGGAGCAUCUUCAAGUGCAAAUCCCUUCAGACCCCAGAAAGCCUGUUCUUUCCUGUAA